AAUAUAAAUAAUAAUAUAACAAGUUUUUUAAAUAAAAAACAAAAAUUUAAACAUUUUUUAUAUAAACAAUCAAUUGUUAAAUUCACCUCAAGAAUCGUACCAAUUAUAAUUUACUCACAGCUUACAAAGUUUAUCAUAGCAGAUAAGUAUUUCAACAUGAAAUCGUUCAGUUCAUUUUUAAAUAUAAUUAAUAAACAGAGUUCAACUGGAGUGAUUGGGUUAGUGAGACUUUCCAUUCCUUCCUUUCAUUACGCGACCUUGACGAAUAUCGAUUUCAACAAAGUUGUGCCAAAGACCAAAGCAAAAAUGCAAACUAAGCUCACCCCGGAAGAAAGAAACACCGCCUUAUCGCCUUUGUUAAAUAAAGGGUGGAGUAUGGUAGAAAAUCGCGAUGCAAUAUACAAAGAAUACCUAUUCAAAGAUUUCAAUCAGGCUUUUGGUUUCAUGUCUCGAGUAGCGCUGCUGUCGGAGAAAAUGGACCACCACCCAGAAUGGUUUAAUGUAUACAAUAAAGUCCAAGUGACUCUUUCUUCUCAUGACGUUAGCGGCCUGAGUGGUAGAGACGUUAAAUUAGCUAGCUUUAUGGAAGACGUAGCUAAAUCUAUCAAACCUUAGAGUGCUCUGGUGAAAGGGAACUUCGAACCAAAACAAUCGAUUAAAAAUUUGUUAAGAGGAAAUGUUAUUUUAUAAUGGUUUUUAAUAUAAUUUCGUUGAACUGCAACAGCUCCAGUUAGUAGAAAUAUCUUACGUUCAUAAGUGUUGAAAAUUAACUCAAUCUGGUUUUAUGUAGCUUCUAGUAAAUGAAGCACAUAUUUGAUGAUAAGUAAUAUGAAAAAGACAUAUAAAACGUUAAAAAAUAGUUGGUAUAUUAUUAAAAAUAGUUUCAACAUAAGAUUAAUAAAAUAGGUGUUUAUGAAAUAAAUGUAUUGAUGUUGUAACUGCCAUUAUAACAAUCAGAAUUCAUAGGCUUGAGGUAAAGAAGUGCAUAUUAACUGUGUUUGUUCACUUCUUCCCUGAUUUUUUAAUACCACCACCAAUUAAAGGUCCCUUUUGGGAAGCUUUCGAUUUGGCAUCUUGCAAGGCUUUCUGCUGUUCCUUCAUUUUUUGCUUGAAGGCAACCUCAUCGUCGUCCAUUUCUUUGGAUUCCUUCUUCGGCGCUUUCAAAGGCUUUUUCUUACCACCUUCUCUACCCGACAUUCUAUAAAAACACAAGUUACCACGUUUCCGAAAUAUUAACGGAAAAACUAUAACUUACAAUCUUUGGAAAAAUAACUUACCUGCAAUUUAUGUAUACGACGUUUUGUAUCGGUAAAUCAAUAAAAUGUCUAUGAACACGAGGAAAUGCACGAUUGAAUAAUAUUCAAAAAAUAUAUCUAAUUUUCACUGUCAUACAAAUUUGGUUAUGUCAAUUUUUUUUUCUUCUUUUUAAUAUUAUGUGGUCAUUUACUUACCAAUUAUUUAGCCCUAAAAAUUAAU